AUAUCUGAUCUUUUGGAAGGAGGUCAAGUAACACUUUCGUCUCUAAAGAGUACAAGUUGCGACUUUAUUUUGAGGCUGGUAACACAACAAUUAUGACUCUUUUGAAAAGUCAUACCUUAGCUUUGGCUAUUCUACUAUACCUUACGUUUCUAGCAACAGAUGGCGCAACCCACACUGAUACGAUUUCUGAUGGUAUCAAGAAUGAGCUCUUUAAGAAUCAAGAAGACCAGAAGGAAACACAAGACUAUAAGCGAUCAAUGUCAUUCCUUCCAAUGAGAGGUCGCAGAAAAGACGAAGAGAAGCGAGCAAGCUCAUUUUUCGGGCUUCGUGGUAAAAAAGAUUUCCCCAAUGAAGACAAAAGAGCUAUGUCUUUUUUCGGGCUUCGUGGUAAAAAAAAUUUCGCCAAUGAAGACAAAAAAGCUAUGUCUUUUUUCGGGCUUCGUGGCAAAAAAGAUUUCGCCAAUGAAGACAAAAGAGCCAUGUCUUUUUUUGGACUUCGUGGUAAAAAAGAUUUCGCCAAUGAAGACAAAAGAGCUAUGUCUUUUUUUGGACUUCGUGGGAAAAGAAAUUACGAUGACAAAAGAGCAAGCUCUUUUUUUGGCCUCAGAGGAAAAAAGGACGGAAUAGAUGAUAAACAAGAAAAUUCUUUCUUCGGAUUGAAAGGAAAGCCAAAUAAUUUGGAAGAGAAAAGGGGCAUGUCAUUUUUUGGACUUCGAGGGAAGAAGGAUGAUUACUUAAAUCAAGCUAAACAUUUUAUGGAUUUCUCUUUAAGUGAUUAUGAUGAAUAUCAUAAUGGUCAAGAAAACCAGGGAGAUGUUGAUAAUUAUGUAAGUAACUUGAAAGAAGAUUAUUUAAGGAACCAGGAUUUUAGUAGUGGUUCUUAUCUGACCAACACAUUGGAGGAUCAAAAGAAACGAGCAGGUGCAUUCUUUGGGAUGAGGGGAAAACGAAAUGCAGAAAAGGAUCGAAACAUUGAAACCAAAGAGGUACGAAUAGUUCCAGGAAUAAAGAGAGAAGAAUUUUUUGCUUCCCGAGGAUAACAGCGAUAGAGGGAAUUACUGCAAAUGUCAAGUUGAGCACAGACUGCUACAAAAUGUUACUUACUUUUCGCAUCUACAGGUUUUAAAUAGUGUGAAUAAACACACUAUAUAAAUUGCAUAUUGAUGUCCUUAAAAAAGGUUGUAUGUUGUAUACUUUCUAUUAUUGCACAUACGUGUCACAUUUUAUUUUAUCACUGUAAACAAGAAGUAUUACAAUACAAUACGUAAUAUUGUUAAGAGCACAAGAUUUUUGUUUUAGUUCUUUAGUAUACAGGAUUGCCUACUAGUAUGUUCAACUGUUAUUGAUUCAGGAAAGUAACGAGAGUGUGAAAUUUACGACUGUUUUCCUUUCUAUGUGUUCAUCUAUUGUGUAGUGGCGGACCUGAAUAUUCGCUCUUACAAAAUAAAACUGUGAAUAAUGCUUAA